UUAUUUGUAAACAAGUAUUAGUUUCUAUAACACAAGUGCCGAAAAAUGGACGCGUAUGAUCAAAGAACGAGAGAUUGGGAAGAUUUGGAGGUAACAAAAAGUGAAUUGAAAGAUUUAACAGAAUGUUUAAAGAAAGAAGAAUUUCGUAAAAUGUUAAUUGAAUAUGCUGAAGAAGUGAAUGAUCCGGAAAAUAAGAAACUUUAUCAAAAUGAAAUCACUGAAUUAGAGAGACAACGGGGCGUCGACGUUACGUUCGUUAACCCUGAGCCGGGUUACGUCAUAAAAACUAGUGUAAACGGUGAUAAAAAGUGUUUUUUGAAUAUUAGCCAAAAUAAAAUUGUCAAUAAACCGAGUAGUCAACCAUCGGAGAAUGAUGGUAAUCGAGGAUUACAAUGGUCCAUUCCCUAUACGCUUGCACCACCUAGAGACGACCUGGAUAAAAAAAAUACUCGAUGCACAGUAUUUGAUGUUGUUUUUCAUCCUGAUACACUUUAUCUAGCGUCGAAAAAUUUGAGAUUCAAGGAACUUGUCAAUAAUUCUGCAAUGGAUGGAGUCGAGAAUAAUUUUAAGGUGAAACUUGAUCGUAAAAAUUUGAAAUUUCCAAAAAUGAAUUUCAAAGGUACUUGUGAGGCAACAGUGAUUCGUAAAGAAUGUGAUAAACCAGCUGAGACAUCAUUGGAAACUGAAUCUGAAAUUUAUCAAAAAAUAAUAUCCGGUUAUGAUAAUUAUCGUGAAAAACAAACAAAAAAAUUGGAAGAAAAAUCACAGCAGCGAUCAACUCCAAAAACGAUAUAUUACAAAAAUACAGAAAAAUCACAAGAUACAGAUAUAAAAUAUACAAUUCCAAAAUAUACAAUAACUUAUCAAAGUGAUAUGGAAUUGGAAGAGUAUACUUAUAGUAAAGAUGCAAAAAUGUAUUCAGCAACACCAAAAAGGUUGAUUGUUGUUAUUUAUUUGCCAUUAUUAAAAUCAGCAAACGAUGCAACACUCGAUAUUCAUGAACGUUCAUUAACACUAACAAGUGAAAAACCAGCCAAGUAUUUAUUGGAAUUACCACUAUCAUAUUUAGUUGACGGUGAUAAUGGAAAUGCAAAAUUCGAUACAAAACAUAAGAAAUUAACUGUGACACUGCCAGUGAUUCGUAAAAAUUUUUCAUUAGGUGAUACAAGAGAGGACAGUGGUGUUGACACAGAUCAUGGAAGUCCCAUUAGAGAUGCAAAUGAUGAAUCAAUUUUUGUUGAAAAUUCCGAGUCAAAAUCAAAUACGCGACCAUUAAUUGUCGAAUUAAAUAAUGAGAAUAAUAGUGAAGUGCAAAUUAAUGAUACGGCAUUACGGACUAGAGAAAGUGUUGAGAUGACAUCGUUUAUGAAUCCAAAUAUCAAAUAUAAUAUUCCAAUGUUCACAUGUAAUACGUAUGAUAAUAUUCUCGCGAUUACUAUUCACGUGAAGAAUGUUGAUUCAGAAUCAAUUUUUCAUAAGGUGCUUGAUAAUAUGUUGGGAAUUCAUGUUUUAUUAACAUCCGUUGGGGCGGGUUUCUUUCCGGUUUAUUAUUCCAUUUGUUUUAAGCUUGACAACAAUUCAGUUGAUUCAGAUUCAAUUACCAUUGAGCCUUGGGAUAAUAAUGUUAUCAUUACACUUGCCUUGAGAAGUACAGAAUUAACCAGGUACUUUGUUGGUCUUGAUGAAGAAUUUAUGGAAGCAAAAGAAUUUUCAUCGGCUAUUUCUGUUAAGAGCAAACUAAAGGAACUUGUGGAAGAGCCAGAGGAGGAGACGGAUAAGAAUAUUGAUGUUAUAAGAAAUGGUGAGGAGGUGGUUGUGAGUAUUCACAAUUCGAAUUCAAUCGAUUCUGACGAGGAGGAGGAGGAUCGAGAGACUGAUAAUUCAUCAUCAGUUCAUCAUGAGGAACGUAAACGCAAUUUGGAAUUAACGAGAUCUAUUUCCGAGAGUAGUGGUGAUGAAUUGCCGAGUAGUAAUGGCAGUUAUAGAUCGAAAGGAAUUUUGAAAUCGCACAGAAAUCAAUUUUCACGUUCUGUAUCGGAAUCGAGUAUUGACGAGAGCGUCGGUCUUGCAUCGUCUGUCAAUUUACAAUACGACUCGGUUCAGGAAUUGAACUCGGAAUCAGAAAGUUCCAGUUUGAAGAAAACUGUCAGAUUCAAUGAUGUUGUUUCACGUCAAUUAUAUAGGUCAAAUUCCAGUAUUUUAGGUCAACGAAAGAAAAAUCAACGGAAAUUGAGAAACAAGAAACGAGCGCACGAUCGUCGAAUGAGUGAGAGUGAAAAUUCAGAAACCGAGGAACGUGAUAAGUAUAAAAUAGAAUUGAAAUGCGAAUCACAAUCAAAUCAGUCGGAUGCUGUGAGGCCAAUUCUCAGUAAAAAUGGGGAAAAUCAAAAAACCGAUAAUAUUGAAAUUGAAAUUUCGCGUAAUAAUAAUAGUAAUAGUACAAAUCAAUUGCAUAAACGAAAAACAAACAAAAAGAGAAAUGAAAUUUUAAUGAAUGAUGAUAAAGAGACUGAGAGUGGCGACGAAGUCCACGUGGAAUUAAAAAACGAUCUGAUUUUCGAUCUUGAUAUGUAGAAAAAAACGUAUCCUCCCCCCCCCCCCCACGGUAUCUUAUAUGUGAUAGAUUUUCUAGUUUUUAUUAAUGAAAAAAAAUUCGAUGCCUUACGCUCGAUUUGCAGUUCAUUUAUAUAUCAUGCAUAAUCCAGUUAGAAAUGGAUCUUAUUUUAUUGGGUCAAGAAAAUAAGAGGGUGAGAGAUAGUGCGAACAAAAAAAAAAAAAAAAAAAUAUUGCGAAAAGUUUUCUUUUUUGAAAAGAGUCCUUUAACGUUCGACAGCUUUGAUAGUCACUCGUAAUCGUUAUAUUAAUAGAAAAUUAAGUUUGCAUGAUAAUUUACCUUUAUAUAUAUAUACAUUAGAGAGUCGAAAAGAAAAUAAUUGCAUGCAUUUUUAAUUUAGCUUUAUUUAAGGCAGUUUUCCAACGACAGUCUUUAAUGAAAAUUAAUAUUGAAUUAAAUUCAGAGAAACUAAAUUUUUCUUUUCGAUAAAAUAAUUUUUUAAUUUAAUAUUUAUAAAAUUAUUUUAAUGAAUUUUUCUUUUUAAAUUAAUAAUGAAAAACAGAUAACCUGGAUGAAAUUGUUAGUUUAUUUUUUUUUUUCAAAGAGACUGUCGCACAGGCGAAUCAAAAAAAAAAAGUGAAAAUUGUUUUCAUUUUCCAAUAAUUUUCGAAAUCGAAGGUUAAUGGUUACACUUUAUUUGCUUGAUAUAAUUUUUCUUCUUCUCACCUCAGCACACAAUCUCUUUAAUGAUAAUUAUUAAUAUUAUUUGUAAUAUUUAUUUUACUAAUAGACAUUAUUUGACCAAUACAAAUAAUUACAUUAGGAAAAUAAAUAUUGAAAAUAAUAAUAAUUUUCAUUAAUAAUAAUAAUAUCAUUAAAUGAUAAUAGGGUCGAAUUGUACGUACAUUGAGUGUACACAUCGUAAAGGCAUUUUUUAUAGACUGAAAAGUUAUUUUAUAAUAUUCUUGGAAAUAAAAAUAUUUGUAUAAGGUGCGAUUGCCAAGAAAAAAAAUUUCUUUUUUAAAAAAAAAAAGUGCCGACGAUAUAAUUCAAAAAUCUAAAAUUGAAAUUCGUCUACUUCCAAGACUGCACUUUUUAUUGUCUGUUUUUGCAAAAACAAAAAAAAAAAAAAGAAACAAUUUUUAUAGAUUGUUGAGAUAUAAUGCAAAGAAAUAUAAUAUCUGAAAAGAAUGAAAAAAAAAAAUUAUAUUUAAGCGUAUCCGUGUAACAUUGAAUUAAUCGUUAAUUAAUUAAUGAAUAAUUAACGAAUUCAAUCGAAAUUUUUACGAAUUUUCGUCCAUAUUGGACGUGAAAAAAUAAAUUAUAAAUAUAAAAACUAAAUUGAAUAUCUAAUGAACUGUUGUUGAUAUAAUAUAUGUGAAAAAUUGCAAAUCAAUUUCGGCAAAAAUUUAUCAAUUUUUGGUUAUUAAAAAAAGUUUCAAAUUAAAUCUAUGCUCUAAUCAAGGCGUGGAAAUAUAAGAAAAAAAAUUGUUAAAUUUUGUAACUAACUUUUGAAAUGAAAGAUUAUUUUACUUUUGAAAGUAUAAUUAUUAUUACUUAAAGUAACUUGUAAAUUUACAAGAACUAUCAACUAGUGAUUUUGUACAAUUUUUUUUUAUAUUUUUUCUUUCAAACAAUUUUUUUUAGUAGAAAAUUGUUCUUUAUUAAAUUUUUGUGUUCUAACAAAAUUAUUAGUUUUUAUCAAUCAAUUUUUUUAGUCAAAUUUUUAUCUUUAUAUUUUGAUUUUUUUUUUAGUUUUUUUUAAUCUUUCAUUCAAUAAUGUUGUUGUUGAAAUUAUAAAUUAAAAUUGAAAUCCUAAGAGAUUUCAUUGAAUUAAAACAGAAAGAAAGAAAGAGAGAUAAUAAAUAAAUAAAACAAAGAAAUUGACGAAAUUUUGUAAAUGUUUAUGGUGCAUGAAUGUAAGGUGUUUCGUUAAUUUUAGUUAAUUCUGAUUUAUAAAUCAGGAUAAAUAAUCACGGAUACGCACGGGAUUUAUAUUCCCCAAUUUCAAAUAACUUCCGUCAUAAUAAUAUAUAUUAUUACGAAGUGUCGCACGUUAAAGAUAAUUUGCAACAAUAAAAUUGUAGAUUACAUGACAUUGAAA